CACAGCUGUCAGUGGAGGGUUGAGUAAAAGGUAAACAAAGCGUAUGUAGUGGUGGUCCUAUUUAUAUACGGAAACCCGUUCUCGAAGCUUUUCCCCACCCAAAAGCUUUUUUGUUUUGGUUUCGCUGAACAGCUGAGCUUCCUGAAGGCUGCAAAACAAAGAAAGCAAGCGCACAAAACCUGUGGAUGAUACAAAUUUGCUGUAGGUAUAAUUAUAUUUAAUUUGCAAUUGUAUUUCUGCCGCCCUGGUGCAGUGACGUUAGGAUGUAAAACAAGCGGGGAACCAGCGAGGAAACGUUGGUCGGGUGCGAACCGAUUAAAUUUCCCCCAAAAUUUGACAGCACCAACUGCAGAAUCUGUUUGCGGAACCGUUUGUUCGCAUAACGUCGCAUACAGCUCGUCUCAGCAACCAUUGUUUACUGCUACAGCACACGACCAUAACCUUUUGGCACCGGAAACCCGAAACACCCAACAACUGUUGCCGUCAACAUCGAUUGAGGAUUGAGCUGCAAGGAUGGCCUGGCGUUCGAAGGGUUUGAAUAAUGCGGAUCUUAUCCGGCAGCUGCAGGAGUAUAACAUCAUCAAAUCGGAUGCCGUUGCGCAGGCAAUGCUUGCCACCGACCGGAAGCAUUACGUGCCGGAAAAUCUGCACCCGUACACCGAUGCACCGCAGCGGAUUGGUCACGGUGCCACCAUAAGUGCACCGCACAUGCAUGCCCACGCACUGGAGCUGUUGCAGCCGUACCUGAAGCCGAACAGUAAGGUGCUGGACGUUGGUUCCGGUUCGGGCUAUUUGACCGCCUGCUUUGCCCGCUUCAUACACCAGGAACCGACGGCCACCGGGUAUGCGGUCGGUAUCGAGCAUCAUCCCCGGCUGGUGGAGCUCGGUCGUAAAAACAUCGGCCAGGAUGACCAAUCGUUGAUCGAUUCGGGCAAAAUCAUACUCGUGGAGGGUGAUGGUCGGCAGGGACACAAGGAACAUGCACCGUACGAUUGCAUACAUGUAGGGGCAGCUGCGCCAGAAACACCGCAAGAGCUCAUCAACCAGCUGAAACCGGGCGGCAGAUUGAUCGUACCGGUUGGGCCGGAAGGUAGCACGCAGUACCUGCAGCAGAUCGAUAAAGCGCUGGACGGGCAGAUAACCAACACGAAGCUGAUGGGCGUGAUGUACGUACCGCUGACGGACCUUCACACCUGAUGGUGCAGCGUACCGCAGUUGCGUUACCUGCUGGCACGGCUGGUGGUUCUAUUUAUAAUUUGUCUGCUCGCGUACACGAUCAUCAAGCGAUAUUUAAUUAAUUGAAAAAGAAAAAAAACGCAGAACCGGAAACAGGAUCUUGUAUCGAAUAAAUUGUUACGUGUUAAUUUGAAA